AUGGCCUUCCUCGUACCCGACCACCUACCGCGUAAGAACGUCCCGCAAGAUGUGUCGACGAGAAUACUGUCCGCGAUAUCCGAGACUACCCAGAAGGGCCUAACGGCGCAGGUGGCUUCAUCAUGGGUAGCGCAGCUGGACGAUACAAUAUAUUUGACGAAAAAACGUAUUCAUGAUCGUAUACAUGAGGAUCUGCCUUUGUUUGGACGCCAGCUAGAAUCGACCAAGUCUGUCCAAGAACGCUUACGUUCCCUGACGGCGAACGUUGACGACCUCUCACAUUCACUGUCGGAUCCGGAGUCAGGCUUAAUUCCAAGACUGCUGCAAGACCUGGCUUCACACGCGUCUGUCGCUCAGGAAGCAACAAAUACUUCAGUGAAGCUUGAGACGCUGGAACAUUUGGCACUAUGCCGGAAAGAGUAUACAAACUUUACGUUUAGCCUAGGAGAGGGCAAACUCCCUGAAGCCAAGAGCAGCUGUCUGAAUCUGCAGAAACUUGUCAUGGAAGCGCCACCACCUUUGACUCAAGCUAAAGUGUUCAAAGACCUUUCACGCGAAUUCCAAGCUCUGAAGGCCCGCACAGAUGAGCAGCUGGACGAUGCUUACACCCGCAGCGUGGUGAUUUCCGCGACUGAAAUCAUCAUCCGACCUUCCGUGCAAGUUCGCCGGUCAGAAACAUUCAUAAAUCUACCGUCAAUAUUCUCCUGCCUCUCACCCGAGGCCAUGGGUGCUCAUAUAUCAACUAUGCGGCGAGACAUUAGCACGCACUUUAUCGACUACUUGUCUAAGCAGCCAUGCGCCGUGUCCGUCUCUGAGAACGAGGACAUCCCGGGGAGUACUAAGUACCACCUCACCAUAUUCCCCUCGCCGCCGGAUUCGGAGAAUCGGUCUUCCAGGUUGGCGAAUCUAUCCACGGUAUUGACAUUCCUUAGCACGCAUCUUUUUACCGCCAUCCCUGAGCCACAUGUCAACUCCCUCCGCCAAUCCCUGUGCAAGCCGCUCACAAACGCCGUGCUUCAGAACCUGCUCAUACCCUCCUUGCCUGCCAGCCUUGACAGGUUACCCUGGUUCCUGCGUCUGGCGGAGCAGGCCCUCAAGUUUGAGGAAGAAUAUAUAUCGAAUGUUUUGGGAGAUAAGAGCCCUGACAAGGAGAUCCAAGCUUGGGUUAAGGGGAUAAGCGGACAUUAUGAGCGGAAGCGGAGGAUCGAAAUAUUGGAUCGGGCAAGGGCGAUUAUCGUCCAAGAGGAUGACCCCAGCCGGACUUUCCGAGCGGAGGUGGACACCAAGCCGGAAAUCACCACGGUACCGGUUGAAGCCGUGCAGGAUGACGUUGCGGACGAUUCAGCAUGGGGCUUUGAGGACGAAAAGGAGAUCAACGGGGAUGCAAUCGAUGAGAAUGGCUGGGGCUUGGACGACGACGAGCCUGCGCCAGAGUUGAAAGAAAACAAGGACGAGGGCCCUGCAGAAGCCUGGGGCUGGAAAGACGACGAUGAGGCGACGGCGGUAGAAGACAAUACCGAAGAGGUUGAAGACGACAAUCCUUGGGAAGAUGAUCCUUGGAAUGAUCCUCCUCAGGAGUCGCUGCAGACACUACCUCCACCAUUGCCUGUUUCACCCAUCCCCAAGCCUGCUACUAGGCUGGAGAAGUUAUCUGCGAAGGCGAAGAACGGUCGAUCGAGUAUCGAUUCUCCGGCUGCUUCCCCUUUGCCCCCUUCGAUCCCCGCUUCUCCUGCUCCACCUCCGCCUGUCCCACCCGUCAAGAAGCCGAGCAAGCAGCUAGAACCAAUAAAGGUUCGGACUGUAUCGAAGGAGAGCUACCUUGUAUCCAACCGCGUGAAGGACGUUUUGGAUAUCGUGCGUUCAGUUGUGCAAGAGAGCAAGGAAUAUACAGCGUCGAAGAUAUUUUCUCCAGCCUCCACGAGUCAUCCCCGGGGCACGGUUCUGAUGCAGACCGCCUCGUUGGUACUCGAUUUAUACCGAGCGCUAUAUCCCGUGAAGUUCCUGCCCGAGCUUGACGAGUCUGCCUCACGCUCGAUGCGUUUCUCUAAUGACUGCCUUUAUCUAGGCGUGGAGCUAGAGAAGGCAGCUUUCGGGACCGCUUCUGUUAAGGAGAAGAUAUCGGAGUGCCAGAGCCGACUGAAAGUCCUUGGCGACUCCUGGUUUUAUUACAGUAUUGAAAAGGAAGAACGAGCAAUCAAUGAUAUAUUGUCGCGGACAGAGGGUUUGGUCGACGUUGCAGACCAAGAGCAGUUCGAUGAAUGCGAAAAUGCUGCCAACGAAGCACUCCAGCAUAUCCGACGUCUCGCUCAGCUGUGGAAGCCUAUCUUGCAGAAAAGCAAGUACUACUCUGCGGUGGGCUUGGUAGCCGAAGCAGCUCUAUCACGGAUGUUGGGAGAUAUCUUGGCAUUGUCCGACAUCCCAGAACUGGAUUCUCACAGACUUAGCGAAUUGUGCAGAAUUUUCAACGCCCUGGAGGGUCUCUUUGUGGAAGACCCGGAGCAACCGUCAAUGGUGGUCGCUUAUGUGCCUUCGUGGCUGAAAUUCUCCUACCUCUCUGAAUUGCUGGAGGCAUCUAUCGCUGAUAUAACAUACCUCUUCGAGGAGGGGGCGUUAGUUGACUUUGAAAUCGAUGAGCUAAUCAAGCUGGUUCGGGCGUUGUUCGCUGAUACACCGUUGCGGACAAACACAAUCAAUAAGCUCAUGAAAGGACAUCCUGCUCCUCGUUAG